GGUGUCGUAGGAAUACGGUUCCGUUCCCAAAUAUAACGUUACUUUCUGAUGUCUACGUUGCCCGAUCAAGACGGUCAAAAUUGUUUGUUGUUUUUAUAUUUCAGUUUCGAAAUUAAUACACUAAAAUGCACGUUCAGUUCAUUUCAACUGCGAUGUAAUUAGUUAUACAAGUAUCUUUUGGUGAAUAGUAUACUCAAAUUUGGGUUAUUACUCGCGAAAGUAGGUAAAUCGUCGGAAACGAGUGCACUGUGGAAAAGAGGUCACUUAAGUCCGUUCUAGUUAAGAAGAAAAAUUGCUCAGCAUUUCCAAUUCUACACGUUUCUCCAUAGCAAGAAUUAAGAAUAUGUUCUUUAUUUUUUAAUGUGAUAUUAAUGGAAGUCGCGAAAAUCCCUUUUUUUAUUUAAAUACUAACUGUGAUUAUGGCAGACACUGCAGCAGAAAAUGAAGCAGAUUCAGGUUCUGCAUUAACAAUUGCUUCUAGAGAUGAUGAAGCAGAUCAGAAUGAUGCUGAGAAAGUGACUGCUUCAAAUGCCGCCUAUGAUUCAGCAGACAGUCACUUGAGGUGCAACCAAUGUGAUUUUGAAGCAAUCCAUCAAGUAGCCCUAAAUGCUCAUAUUUCCCAAGCUCACUCGACCAACGAAGUAGACAUGGAAGUAGAAAAUAAUAACCCACCGGCAGACGGUAGAUCGCAUAGGAAAAUGUUUGAGUGUGAUGUUUGCAACAUGAAAUUUUCCAAUGGAGCAAACAUGAGAAGGCAUAAAAUGAGGCACACAGGAGUGAAACCAUAUGAAUGCCGGGUAUGCCAGAAAAGAUUCUUCAGGAAAGAUCAUUUAGCAGAACAUUUCACCACACACACCAAAACAUUACCCUAUCACUGUCCCAUAUGUAACAGAGGCUUUCAGAGGCAAAUCGCUAUGAGGGCCCAUUUCCAGAAUGAACACGUUGGACAACAUGACUUGGUAAAAUCCUGCCCCCUUUGUAGCUAUAGGGCAGGGUCGAUGAAAAGCUUACGGGUACAUUUUUUCAAUCGACAUGGAAUAGACUUGGAUAAUCCGGGACCAGCUGGUUCUCAAGCCUCCCUUCUGGCAGCCGCAGCACAAGGUUUCCCCAUAGACGGCUCUAUCACUACAUCCUUGAGUAAUCUGACAAGUAGUGUAUCUGUUAGCGUUACUGGAGGUAAUAGUAAUGCGGCCAACUAUAGUGAUUCAGGAGAUUCCACAGGAGCAAGAUCCACGGACAACGCUACACCUCCUAUGCAUUUCCUGACCCCUCAUGUUGAGAUUAGUAUGUCGGACGCACCUGCCCCGGUAUUUUCACCAUUACAACUUGACCUUCAAAGAACAAACAGUCAGUCGGGUGCAAACUCCGAAUCCACUUCUAGAUUGAAUGGCGACGGUCCAGGUUCGCCACAAUCGGGAGAUUCAAACUCGAACGCGCCCACAAGCACUCAUGCUCAGACAAAUUCCCUGCGAGUAGAUCAGGAGACCAGUAUAACGCCCUCAAUAUCCCUCAUACCGAUAAAGCAGGAGCCUGGGGAAGAAGGUUCCGAGUCCGGCAGUAGAAACGGCCCCAUAAAUUCUUGUGGCUCGCCUCCAGGAACGGCACAAACCACUCCUUCGAGUAGUCUCAGUUCCCUGAUCAAAGUAUCUCCGUUGAAAAGUCUGCUGAGGGACGAUUUGAAGAGGAAAAUCAUAUCGCGAAGUAACAGUAGUGCCCGUGGUAGAUCCACAGCAUCGCCUAAUAAUUCGGAAAGUUCACCAAACGAAUCGACCACCACAAAUGGUGCUAUAACCUCAACGGCCACCGAACAGCCAUCCGACUCAUCUCUAUGGAAAACGCUGGGCAAAAGAUCUUUGACAAGCCUCCAGUGCGUUUUCUGCGGCAUUUCAUUUCCCGACCAAACAUUGUAUUUUCUCCAUAAAGGAUGCCAUUCGGACGCUAACCCCUGGAAGUGCAACAUUUGCGGUGAGCAAUGUUGCAAUGUUUACGAGUUCAACUCGCAUCUUUUGAGCAAAAGUCACCAGUAGCUCAAAAUACCGCGAAUUAGGAGAGUAUCUUGAUUGAUAGUUGUACUUUCACCAAAAUCUAAUCGUUCAUUUAUCUUGAAUAAUGAUAAAGUGAUACAGUCAAACUUCGAUAAAACAAAUUACAAAUACUUUGACGUAUUAAUAAGAAAUAUAACCACCCUUUUGAGUGAUUAUUCAGUUUAUACCUGCAACACUGGACAAUGUUAUGAUGGCGGAUGCUGUUUAGUAAAUCGUCGUGAGUAGUAGCUAUGACAUGAGAGUAUUAUACAUUAUCCACGAUUGUGAAAAUGUCACCUCAUUUUCAAUAAACUUUAUUCAUUUCAAUUCUCCCUACGCCAACUUCAAACAUUUCAAUGUCACUAUUUUCAGAGCCUCUGUCUAUGGUUGUGACCAUAAAGUUUCAUACACCAGUGAAUAAUAGAGCAUAAAGCAUCAGUGAUUAAUGAAUGUUGGAUAGAUAAUCAGUGAA